AGUUAACCUAGUGAGAAAAACAAUUAGAGAUUCGAGGAUUCAACAUUCUGGAUAGAAGCCGCUAUUAGUCAGAAUUCAACUUAUGACAAUAUCUCUGUUCUCGAAAGAAAUUCGCAACAACCGUUUGGGAUAUGGCUGAGACUCCUGAUUAGAUAAUCCUUACGUUCUUACGUCACGAAACCGCAAUACGGCACGUGUAGUAUCGCUGCAUCAUCGUUAUAACAAAUUUUGCCGAUGGCGACGUGGUUUUGAACAUUGCUGAUCUUGCGCGCUUGGCGAUUGGCUCGCGACAUAUCAGCUGACACAGCGAACUACAUCGUCCGAACACACGUCCUCUAACAAGUUGAAAGGCACGACCACUUGUUGCUCUUCGAGUUUGCUUUACAAAAAUUUCUUUCAGCUUUACAUUAAUUACGUUUUGUCAUCGAUUACAACUGUAGAUCAUCCACAAAAAUGAGUAAACCGGUAGCAGAUAUUGCCCUUAUCGGCUUGGCAGUCAUGGGACAGAAUUUAAUUUUGAACAUGAAUGAUCACGGAUUUGUUGUAUGUGCAUAUAAUCGUACCACAGACAAAGUCAAGUCCUUCCUUGAAAAUGAAGCCAAGGGUACGAAAGUGGUUGGCGCUUAUAGCUUGGAGGAGAUGAUCAGUAAACUGAAGAGUCCAAGGAUAGUAAUGUUGCUAGUUAAAGCUGGUGCAGCAGUAGACGCAUUUAUCGCAAAAUUAGAACUUCUCUUGUCUCCUGGAGAUAUUAUUAUCGAUGGUGGCAAUUCAGAAUAUCAAGAUACCGAGAGACGUACCAAGGACUUGGAGCGGAAAGGAUUACUUUUUGUGGGCAGUGGAGUGAGUGGAGGAGAGGACGGUGCCAGAUAUGGACCCUCCUUGAUGCCUGGUGGCAAUCCUAAAGCGUGGCCGCAUAUUAAAAAUAUUUUCCAAUCGAUAGCCGCGAAAGCGGACGGAGAGCCGUGUUGCGAUUGGGUCGGCGAGACCGGCGCGGGACACUUCGUCAAGAUGGUGCACAACGGCAUUGAAUACGGCGAUAUGCAAAUUAUCUGCGAAGCGUAUCACCUGAUGCGCAGCGGCCUGCAGCUCACUCAGGGAGAGAUGAGCGCGGUGUUCGACGAGUGGAAUAAGAGCGAGCUGGAUUCGUUCCUGAUCGAGAUCACGCGGGAUAUACUUAAGUAUAAGGACGAGAAGGGCCACUUGCUCGAGCGUAUCAGAGACACCGCCGGCCAGAAGGGUACCGGCAAGUGGACGGCGAUCGCCGCGCUGGAUUACGGCGUGCCGGUCACGCUGAUCGGCGAAUCGGUGUUCUCCAGAUGCUUGUCCGCGUUGAAAAGUGAGCGCGUGGAGGCGAGUGCAAUACUGUCCGGCCCGGAUCCGGUGUACAAGGGCGACAAGAAACAAUUCCUCGAGGACUUGCGGAAGGCUCUAUACGCCGCAAAAAUCAUCUCAUAUGCGCAGGGCUUCAUGCUGUUGAGAGAAGCCGCCAAGGUCCACAAUUGGAACUUGAAUUACGGCGGAAUAGCGCUCAUGUGGCGCGGUGGAUGUAUUAUAAGAAGCGCAUUCUUAGGAAAUAUAAAAGCGGCGUAUGACAAAAAUCCCAAGUUAUCCAACUUGUUGUUGGACGACUUCUUUGCUAAGGCUAUGGAUGUGUGUCAUCGGAGUGCCAGAGUAGUAGUAAGCGCAGCUGUAACAAUGGGUAUACCAACUCCCGCCCUGUCGACGGCUCUGGCCUUCUACGACGGGUUCAGAACCGCCCGAUUACCGGCGAACUUGCUGCAGGCUCAACGGGACUAUUUUGGCGCCCAUACAUAUGAACUACUCGGCCAGGAAGGUAAAUUCGUCCACACCAACUGGACCGGACACGGAGGAAAAGUGUCCGCUUCCACAUAUGACGCGUAAACUCGCAGAAUUUUGCAAUUGUGACUUGAUAACAUACGCGUGAAACAAUUACUAGAAAAAAAAUGUGACAAUACAGUGUGAUACAGGUAAUUUACGAAUUCUAGUAAUUUAAUGUAUGUGAUAGCUACCUAGCUGUGACACGAGUGAAUAAUUCAACAUGCGUGAUUCCAUAAGUAUACUAAAAGUUUAAUAUAAAACACCAUUAAAAAAGAUAUAUCUUUUAUAUCUUACAUCUUCUAAUAUCUCUUCUUUUUCAUGCUCUCUUUUUUUCAGAAAAAUAUACAGGAUGUUAACAAAUAGUCCACUCUGUAUAUCUAUAACAUUUAACGUAUAUCUAUAACAUUAAACGUUUGUUACAGAAAAGAUGUAUAUUUUGGAUUGUUGUUGUACAUCGAUACUUUAUCUAUGAAGAAAUAUAUAUAUAUAUGGAUGAGGAUAAAUAACAAGAUAUUUUCCACCAAA